UUCAAUAUCCUCCUUUGGUACAUGUUUCAAAGUGUCACCCCGUUCCUGACCCUGACAGAUACCUCCAGGUCCUGGGCAGCAGCAGCUCAACUCACAUUGAGUGAGUUGAGUUGAAGACAUUAGUCUUUCCAGACACUCAGUAAACACCUUUGUGUCCUUUUUCUUUAGAGGAAGGGGUCUUGCUGAGCUCACCCUGAAAUAUAUCACCCUGGACAAAAGGGCUGAAAGGUUAAGGAGCUCCAGGGGGUGGAUCAGGAGGGAGCUGGGGGCCAGGCACCGGCCAGAACCAAAGCUAUAAAGGCAGAGAGGGGCAAGGGACCGCAUUCGACACGGAUGCUGCAUGUCCUGCCUCACAUCCCACAAACCCUGGGAUAAGAAGAAGAUGCAGGGGCUCCAGUCAUGGCCUUGCUCGUUUUUCCUCCUCUUGGUUCUGCUCUCUGCCAGCGUUCAGACUGUGUCCUUACCAGGACAGAGGCUACAGAUGCUCCUUUCACGGUUGCUGCCUCUGGAGCCCGAGUCCACACUGGCCGAAGAGGACACAAAGGAGGGGUCCAGCUUUGGGCCUCAGUUGGUCUUCUCCACCCUCCCCUUCCUCCCAUCUGGUGCUAGAGCUGCCCGUUCUUAUCUCUGGCGCAAGACCCUCGCCAGUCGCAAGUGGGCAUUGCCUGGAGAUUGGGCCUGGAAGGCCAUGCCCAGGGGCUGCUUUGGGCUGAAACUGGACCGCAUCGGGACCUUCAGUGGUUUGGGGUGUUAGAUUUGGAGGGGCUCUGAGGUGAGAGGGCCAGCACUGAGGGG